AUGGAGGACUUCAAGUUCAGCACGGCAGACAUCACACAGGCCUUGUUCAACCGUUUUAUUGUCAUUAUAGGAGAUUCAAAUCAAAGAAAUAUAUAUAAAGACCUUGUCCUACUCCUACAGACAGACAGAUAUUUAACUGAAAGGGAACUGAGAACAAAGGGAGAGACAUCUUUCCUGGAUGAUGAGCUAGUAGAGGGUGGUUCCAUGAAGAAAAUGUCUAAUGGAACAAACUACAGGGAAGUGCGCCAAUAUAAAACUGAUGUGCACCUGAUUCGCUUCUACUUUGUGACACGCUGCUACAAUUUGUACAUGGAGAGCAUUCUGGAUGAUCUUCAACAGUCGCCUUUUCCUGAUAUUCUUAUAAUGAACUCUUGUUUGUGGGACAUAACCAGGUACGUCAAUUGUAACAUUUGUUACCAUUUAUCUAUUCCUGAUUACAAGGUCAACCUGAAGACAUUGUUUACACGCUUGUCCGAGUGCCUGCCAUCAAACUGCCUCGUCAUCUGGAACACCACCUUGCCCAUCUCCAGCAGUGCCAGGUCGGGGUUUCUCAUACCUGAGGUCACUUACAAAGCUGCCAGGCUAAGACGGGACAUCCUGGAAGCAAAUUAUUAUGCUCACAUGGUAGCAUCAAAAUGCGGAUUUGAUAUACUUGAUCUACAUUUCUACCUCCGUCGUCAGCAAACAAUGCGUGCAGAUGAUGGCAUCCAUUGGGACAUGAAAGCCCACCGUACCAUCUCCAACCUCAUCCUGACUCACAUAUUUGAAGCAUGGAGAAUUCCUGUGCCCAGAAAACAGGUCACGUUUGGCAGUUAUGGAUCCACACAUGCAAGAAAUGGUUACUACCAGCAGAUAGGCAAAGACAGACAACAGCCACUGAUGUCACAGCCUUUCCAGUGGUGGACUAAUGACAGAAGUCUACCAUUGCAACCUCAACCUUAUCAUCAGCAUUGGGUUGAAGAUAGACAGCUGCAGCCACAUUGUGAGCAAUGGAAUGAGGACAGGCAAGAGCAACCACAAUAUUUUGAGCAAUGGGCUGAGGAUAUUCAACUGCAACCAUUGCCACAAAACGCCUACCAACAGUGGCCUCAAGGCAGACAACAGGUAUUACUACCUCAACCACUUCAAUUACAACCAGCGCAUUUGCAACCAAAGCAAAUACAACCACCGCAGUAUAUUGAUUUUAGCACAGAUACCCAAGCGUAUUCUGGCAAUUUUGAAUUUGGAGUGGGGAACGUGACAUUUCAGAGCAUACAAGUUUUUGAUCCAUUUGUUUGGCAACCUUACCAGCAGAGCUCCCCCUACGGGUCAGAUCCCAGCCAUUCUCAUAUUAGAUACCAACCCUACACACAUAGAAGGCAGGCUGCUGCAGCCAGCAUUAGAUAUAAUACUCAUUACUAG